AUGGUAGGGAUGAACCCACAAAGUCUGUUUGAUACUAAUUCUACAAAUUCCAAGGAAUUUAUUCAAAAUCAAAUUGUGAAAUGUAUUGAUCUUGCAAAGGGUGGAGUGCAUGGAGUUCUUUACGUGGCGUCUGUUAAGAACCGCUUUACUGCGGAAGAAGCUGCUGUUCUGGAUAGCUUGCAAUUGUUAUUUGGGCCUGACAUCAUCAACUACAUGGUGGUCGUCUUUACUGGUGGCGAUGAAUUGGUAAACGAUGGUGUGACAUUCCAAGACUACUUAAAUGACUGCACACCACAACUCGAGGAUGUUCUACGACGCUGUAGCAUGAGAACUGUGCUGUUCGAUAAUAAGACUACAUCACAAACAAUGAAGGAAAAACAAACAACUGAAUUAAUUAAGCAAAUAGAGAAUAUAAUGGCAAAAAAUGGAGGCAAGCCUUAUUCCAAUGAGCUGCUACGUCAAGCUCAGGAAAAUUCGGAGAAGAUUCUUGGUCGACAGACGAGCCGUGCUGAGCCAGGAAGGGCUUAUGAAGAAGAAGUGGAAAGAGUUACUGCAGAACACAUCAAGCAAUUAAAUGCUAUGGUAGAGGAGAAGAUGCAAGCAACAAUAAAAACAUAUGAAGAGAAGUUGGCCCAUGAGCAGGCUGCACGGAGAAAAGCUGAGAAAACAACGGAAGAUACACUUCAAUUAUCAAAGGAAUUACAGAAGACACAAAAUAAAUCUGAGAAUUCUUGUCUACACAAGUUUCGCAAUUAUGCAUCCGAAAAGCUCGCUUCCAUGGGUUGCACAAUUAUGUGAAUGAAACUAUAAACAAUAUAGUUUUUGCAGUAAAAAAAAAAUACUGGAACAUAGAUUCUUACAUUAACAAACAUUUGCAAAAUUUAUAUUUCCUAUACUAAAGAUCUUGCCAUUUUAUACGAAUUUUUUUUUUUUUUCCUCUAAUCUGAACUAUAACUUUAUUUGCUAA